GCUGACAUCCCGUAUUACUUGCAGCUGGUGUUCAAGAAAAGCCUCUUACGACGUACCUUGACAUGUCGCACAACACGGGGUUGCACACCAUACAGUUGGGUGUGCCCACAUACCGCGAUGCGGCGUACAUCUCGCUUUGGCUCAAGACCAUUCUCGGUCAGAUCGCCUCGCCGCUUCAAGAAGUGCGCUUCGCGAUCUACCCCGUCCUCAUGGGCGACGCUCCGGACGCAAAUGACAUGCUUCGCGCUUUUGCGUGGAAGGACAUCGCAUCCAUUCUGCAAAACUCGCAGUUUGCGAAGCUCAAACGGGUUGUAUUCGUCUCCGCGAGGUCGAAGGAUUACUUGAACGUACCCGGGGCAUUCGUCGCGCUACAACCGCUCCUGCGCAAGAUCAUGGUGCCUGAAUUUGUUCCGUUGGCGAAGCAGGGAGUCGAGAUUGCUUUCGAAGGCGCGUGAGGGCAGUGGUGUAUCGGUCUCAGAUCUUCCGGAUUCGAAGGGAUUGUGUAUAGUAUAUUCGCUCGGUUUUCAAUGAUAUCGCAUCCGAUGUACUCCGCCGAGGGUUAGCAUCGAACGAAAUGCUCCGCCAUCACCCAAUUGCC